AUGUCACAACCAAUCCAUGACGAGUUCGUGGUGGAAACUCAUGAGCCUUCUGCUAGACGCUCCAGGUUCUGUGGCCUACGCGACUUCUGCGAUCUGGCUGAUUUAUGGAUCUCUGCAUCGCGCUUCGGACACUUCUUCCACCUCGGUGGCAGCGGCCAUCCCAAGGAGAUUGUAACCUCGUCGGUCUUCCGGGAGAUUCGUGCUGGGCUGACCACCUUUGCCACCAUGGCAUACAUCAUCGCGGUCAAUGCACACAAGGCUUCCAUGCUCUCCCAGACUGGCGGCACAUGCGAAUGCACACUAGUUGACAGACACCAAUGCGAUACCCUCCCAGCGUUUGCAGCCUGUAAAGAAGAGGUGCGACGCGACCUAGUAACGGCCACAGCUGCUAUUGCCGGCAUGGCAUCUGUCGUCUUCGGAUUGCUUACGAAUCUUCCGGUCGCCAUUGCCCCCGGCAUGGGCCUCAAUGCGUACUUUGCAUUCCAGGUCGUAGGUGUCAACGGCACAGGCUCUAUUCCGUAUCGCACCGCCCUGACGGCCAUCUUCAUCGAAGGCUUCAUCUUCAUCUUCCUCGCGUUGACAGGCAUGCGGCAAUGGCUCGUCAAGAUUAUCCCCGCCACGCUCAAGACCGCGACCGGCGUGGGCAUCGGGUUUCUUCUGACCGAGGUCGGCCUCUCGUAUGCUUCUGGCAUCGGCGCCAUUACAGGUGGAGGUGGUGGCUCACCGCUCACUCUGGGAGGUUGUCCAUCGGAGCUUCUCGAUCCUGACAGCGGCAUGUGCACGUCCGGCGUCAUGACAAAUCCCAAGCUCUGGCUUGCUGUUCUCUGCGGUGGUAUAUUCACUGCUUUCCUGAUGGCAUACCGGGUCAAAUAUGCACUAGUCAUCGGUAUUGCCUUGAUCUCUGUCAUCUCUUGGCCGUACGUUCUCUCUCAUUUCCAAGGCACGCCCCAUCCCCAACUAACAAUUUCCAGUCGCAACACUGCCGUCACGUACUUUCCCGACACCGUGGAAGGCAACUCGCGCUUUGAGUUUUUCAAGCAGGUCGUCGCGUGGCACCCGCUGACCCGCAUAACAAACCAGCUCGAGUGGGACAUCCAGGCAAGCGGCUCGCACUUUGCUCUGGCACUCUUUACCUUUCUGUACGUGGACAUCAUCGAUGCCACGGCCACGCUGUACUCCAUGGUGCGCUUCUGCGGCGUCGUCGACAAGGAUGGCGACUUUCCCCGCUCAACCAUUGCCUACUGCACUGACGCUGCCUUCAUCUCCAUCGCCGCGCUCCUGGGCUGUUCACCCGUCACGGCCUUUAUCGAGAGUGGUGCAGGAAUUGCCGAGGGCGGGCGUACUGGGUUGACGUCCAUUGUCACAGGUCUGUGCUUCCUCGUGGCCGUCUUCUUUGCGCCGAUCUUCGCCUCCAUCCCGCCAUGGGCCACGGGCUGCACUUUGGUUCUGGUUGGUUGUAUGAUGAUUCGACAAAUCACGCAGAUCAAUUGGCGCUACAUUGGUGACGUUCUUCCGUCAUUUGUCGUGAUGACAUUCAUCCCGUUCAGCUACAGCGUCGCCUACGGGCUCAUUGCCGGUAUCUUCGUCUACACCACGCUCAACGGGCUCAUCGGUGCCGUGGUUUACAUCUCGGGCGGCCGCUUAGAGCCUCGCGAAUAUGAGCUCAAGGAGUACUGGAGCUGGAAAGGCAGCGGGCAGCCUCCAUGGUUCGUCCGCGCCGUCCAGAAGCGCCGCAGGAAGACGGCCCGCGACGUGACCACACCCGCUGGCGGGUCCGAGUUUCGCUCGCCGCAGCAGGAGCGCGUGGUAUCCUUUACAGGCGACUCGCCCGGCCGGUCCUCCACAAAGGGUGGUUCCGCUACGGUGACUGAGCAGCCGAUCCUGUCGCGGCCAACUCCAGAGCAAAUGACUCGCAUGCCUUGA